AUGUUAAUGAAGGUGGGGAAGCACCCAGAUGACUUGGUCGUCACAAACAUUGCUGUAAUAGACUUCAGUGGGGCUUCGACUCCAGCGAAAGGAUUAGUCACUUUGAGUGUUAAGGUUAGAUUAUCCGAACGAAAUACUGUGUUCGUAGUGGUUUCAUCAAAAGCAAGUUAUAAUGCUUUGUUGGGGCAAGAUUGGAUCCAUGGUGUGGGAGUUGUACCUUCUACCGUGCAUCAAAGUGUUCUUCUUUGGACGAAGGAUGGCAAGCCUGAGGUUAUUAAGGCAGAUUCGACCCUUUAUGUCGAACAGCUGCAUAUUGAUUUCAGAAUGUAUAAUCCUAAGUUGAAGCCUUUGACUGUUGAUAGGACACUAAAUUCUUAUAAUUGUGAAGGUUGUUACUUGUCCUCAGAAGAUAUGUUGAUCGAUUCUGCAGCGGGAAACGAAAUUUUAAGUUUUAUGGACGGUUAUUCAGGAUAUAACCAAAUCUUCAUUGCGGAAGAUGAUGUGUCCAAAACUGCCUUUCGUUGUCCUGGGGCGUUAGGUACUUAUGAAUGGGUAGUUAUGCCUUUUGGUUUGAAAAAUGCUGGUGCUACUUAUCAGCGAGUGAUGAAUGCUAUAUUCCAUGAGUAUAUUGGACAAUUUAUGGAAGUGUAG